CUCUCGGGGAGCCGCUGCUCAGCCGCGGGCGGGCGCGGAAGCCGGAGCGGAGCCGGCGGCAUCUACCGAGCCGGCCGCCCAUGCCCCGCGCGCUGGGCCCGCGGCCUCCGGAGCCCUGCGCUGCGCCCGGCCCGGCGGGGGCGAGGCCGGGUGGGGCCGCCCGGCGGCUGCGGGGAUGCGGGGCUGGCGCAGGAACCUCGCGCUCUGCCUGCAGCGGCUGCCGGACGAAGACGAUGGGCCUUACUCAAAAGCGGGGAAGGACGCGGCUGGGGCCGACGGGGCCCUGGCGUGCCGCCGUCAGAGCAUUCCUGAGGAGUUCCGGGGCAUCACCAUGGUGGAGCUGAUCAAGCGUGAGGGCAGCACUUUGGGCCUGACUAUCUCGGGAGGGACUGACAAGGACGGGAAGCCCAGAGUCUCCAACCUGAGACCUGGGGGCCUGGCUGCCAGGAGUGAUCUACUGAAUGUGGGCGACUACAUCCGCUCAGUGAACGGGAUCCAUCUGACCCGGCUCCGACAUGACGAGAUCAUCACCCUGCUGAAGAAUGUGGGCGAGCGCGUGGUGCUGGAGGUGGAGUAUGAGCUGCCCCCGCCUGCUCCAGAAAACAACCCGAGGAUCAUUUCCAAGACGGUGGAUGUCUCCCUCUACAAGGAAGGCAAUAGCUUCGGCUUUGUCCUCAGAGGAGGUGCCCACGAGGACCUGCACAAAUCCCGCCCUUUGGUUCUGACUUACGUGCGACCUGGUGGCCCAGCAGACAGGGAGGGCUCCUUAAAGGUGGGUGACAGGCUGCUCAGCAUAGAUGGGAUCCCCCUGCAUGGGGCCAGCCAUGCUACGGCAAUAGCCACCCUGCAGCAGUGCAGCCAUGAGGCUCUUUUCCAGGUGGAGUACGACGUAGCCACCCCAGACACCGUGGUCAAUGCUUCAGGCCCAUUGGUGGUAGAAAUAGUCAAGACCCCAGGAUCUGCCCUGGGGAUCUCUCUCACCACUGGCUCCCACCGGAACAAGCCGGUUAUCACCAUUGACCGUAUCAAGCCAGCCAGUGUGGUGGACAGGAGUGGCGCCCUGCAUGCUGGAGACCACAUCCUGGCCAUCGAUGGCACCAGCACAGAGCACUGCUCCCUGGUCGAGGCCACCAAACUCCUGGCCAGCGUGACUGAGAAAGUGCGGCUGGAGAUCUUGCCUGCACCCCAGGGUUGUCGACCCCUGAAGCCCCCAGAGGCAGUGAGAGUACAGAGGAGCGAGCAGCUGCACCGCUGGGACCCCUGCGCCCCCUCUUGCCACAGUCCACGGCCAAGCCACUGCAGGCCACCCACGUGGGCACCUGGAGGCCAGGACCAGAGCCGAUCCUUGUCCUCGACUCCCUUCUCCUCACCAACCAUGAACCCCGCCUUUCCCUGUGCCAACGCCAGCACCCUGCCCCGAGGACCCAUGAGCCCCAGGACAACAGCGGGGCGGAGGAGGCAGCGAAGGAAAGAACACAGGAGCUCUUUGUCACUGGCCUCCAGCACGGUGGGGCCCGGCGGGCAGAUUGUUCAUACUGAGACGACAGAAGUUGUGCUCUGUGGAGACCCCCUCAGCGGCUUCGGCCUCCAGCUCCAGGGAGGCAUCUUUGCCACCGAGACCCUGUCCUCCCCACCCUUGGUGCGCUUCAUUGAACCGGACAGCCCCGCUGAGAGGUGUGGUCUGCUGCAGGUUGGGGAUCGUGUCCUAGCCAUCAAUGGCAUGGCCACCGAGGAUGGGACUAUGGAGGAAGCCAACCAGCUGCUGCGGGACGCUGCGCUGGCCCGCAAAGUCGUUCUGGAGAUCGAGUUUGACGUGGCAGAGUCUGUCAUCCCAAGCAGUGGGACGUUCCAUGUGAAGUUACCCAAGCGGCGUGGUGUGGAGCUGGGCAUCACCAUCAGCUCGGCCAGCAGAAAGCGAGGGGAACCCCUGAUCAUCUCUGACAUCAAGAAGGGCAGCGUGGCACACAGGACUGGCACCCUUGAGCCAGGCGACAAGCUGCUGGCCAUUGACAAUAUCCGCUUGGACAACUGUCCCAUGGAGGAUGCUGUGCAGAUCCUGCGCCAGUGUGAGGACCUGGUCAAGCUGAAGAUCCGGAAAGAUGAGGACAACUCAGAUGAGCAGGAGAGCUCUGGCGCCGUCAGCUACACGGUGGAGCUGAAGCGCUAUGGCGGACCCCUGGGCAUCACCAUCUCCGGCACAGAGGAACCCUUUGACCCUAUCAUUAUCUCUGGCCUCACCAAGCGUGGCCUGGCUGAAAGGACUGGUGCCAUCCAUGUGGGGGACCGCAUCCUGGCCAUCAACAGCGUGAGCCUCAAGGGCCGGCCCCUGAGCGAGGCCAUCCACCUUCUUCAGGUGGCAGGGGAGACUGUCACGCUGAAGAUCAAGAAGCAACUGGACCGGCCCCUUUUCCCUCGUCAGUCAGGCAGCCUCAGUGAGGCCAGUGAUGUAGACGAGGAUCCCCCGGAGGCCCUCAAGGGAGGCUUGGUGACAACGCGUUUCUCCCCUGCGGUACCCAGUGUGGACAGUGCUGUGGAGUCCUGGGGCAGUAGCUCUGCCACAGAAGGUGGCUUUGGGGGCCCAGGCUCCUACACUCCGCAGGGGGCGGUCCGGAGUGUCACUCCCCAGGAGUGGCGUCCCAGCAGAUUGAAGAGUAGCUCCCCACCCCUUGAUCCCAGGAGGACGAGCUACACACCGGGCCCUGCUGACGAGAGCUUUCCAGAGGAAGAGGAGGGGGAAUGGGAGCCACCGAUGAGCCCAGCUCCCGGCCCCGCCCGAGAGGAGGGCUUCUGGAGAGUGUUUGGAGAGGCCCUUGAAGACCUGGAGUCCUGUGGUCAGUCGGAACUUCUAAGGGAGCUGGAGGCUUCCAUCAUGACAGGCACUGUACAGAACAUGGCUGUGCAUAGCAGGCCUGGCUCUCGGCCCUGGCGCCGGAGCCGGGAGGUCCGAACAUCCCCCGAAGACCUGCAGGAGCUGCUGUUGCCAACGCCCCUGGAGAUGCACAGGGUGACCCUGCACAGGGACCCGGUGCGGAACGACUUUGGCUUCAGUGUCUCAGAUGGCCUCCUGGAGAAAGGUGUCUAUGUCCACACUGUCCGAGUUGACGGGCCAGCCCAGCACGGAGGCCUGCAGCCCUUUGACAGACUCCUGCAGGUCAACCAUGUUCGCACACGGGACUUCGACUGCUGUCUGGCGGUUCCACUCCUGGCAGAGGCUGGGGACAUUCUGGAGCUGGUGGUUAGCCGCAACCCACUGGCACAGAGCCGCAGGACACCACGAGCACCAGGCCCCAGCAGUCCCCAGAUGCUCUGAGAUCAUCGCAUAGCCCGGCUGGAGGAGUGGCCCCUACUCAUCCACUUGUGGGUCUCAAGAUCUCAGACCCGUUAGAGUGGCAUCUUCAAGUUGGAUCUUCAAGAUGCUCAGAGAAACCCCAAGGAAAAGGGGUCGGCCCUGCUGCUCAGCCAGGAGAGAGUCAGAGAUUUCUCCAGAUCCCUUCCCAGUCACCGAAGAGCUGCAACAGUAGUGAAGACAGCCCAGCUCAGUGUGGGACCUGGAAUGAGCUGCCAGUGUUUACCAUCCUGGGAGGUUGAUCAGCAGGAGACAGACAGUCCUAGUCUGUGGCGGGAGGCAUUUGGUGAUCCAGCUAUACAGGUGGCACCCAGUACACGGAUGGGGACCUUGCCACCAGGAAGGAUGUGGCACAUUGCGAACAGUGUCUUCCCUUCUCCCAAGUCCUGGUGUUGUGAGAGCCUCCAGAAUGCAGCGACCAUGUUGGAAAACCCCAACUAGGAACAUCUGAGAUGCCAGGAAAUGCUAGCCCUUUCCUUCAGGUCAGUGGCUCAAUCCUUUCAGCUCCCUGGGUGAUUCUGAACUUCAGAGCAGAGCUGUGGCCAUCAACCCUCCUGUGCCAAAAAACUAGAGCCCCUGUCUCCCUCCAGAGAAGGGCACUGCUCGGGGUCAAACAAUCCAAGAACAUCCACUCACCUGCUAUUCCAACAGACCUGGAAAGCCAUGGAAAUAAGGCUGAGUCACAGCUCUGCCCCCAACCCCAUCAGUGGAAGGGAGAAAGAGGAAGAGGAAAAAGAAGCUGGGGUGGAGAGAGAUGGGCUGAAGAAGAACAGAGUGGCAAGAGGGAGCAGUGUCCAAAGAGUAUUCAGGGAGGUCCCCACUUCACAGCUUGAGGGCCAGCAUCCCUUAUCUCGGGCUUCCUCUAUCUCUACCAAGCAGAACUCUUUCAGCUUCAAGCCGGACACAAGCCACUUCCUAAUGGUCUGGGCUGGUCUGGGGAUUGGCUUUGCAUUUGCCCAGCUCAAGGUCUCAAGGGCCCAGGGGCCUCCAAUCCUACCCCAUCUCCUCUCUCAGCCUUUGAAGCUCAUUGCCAGAAAGACUCCCUGUUCUAGGGGACAGAUGGAGGCCCAAGAAGCCAUUCUAUUCCGGGUUUCCUUGUUGGUUGUGACCUUGAGUGGAUCUGAACAGACACAGGGCCGUCUCUAGCUGCCCGCUGAGACUCCUCAGCUCUCUGCUUUCCCUCAGCUGCCCCCACAGCCAUUCAUGGUGGCUUCCCCAGGGUCUCUCAUGUCUGAGUCCAGGCAACCCAGUGUCUCCGCUUUCACUGCCCCAGGGUAAAAAGUACUGCCCACCGCUCAUGGGCACCAAACAAACCAAGACCUUCAAGCUUCGAGGGUAGGUGAGUGACACAGCAGAGAGGAGACUUCUGGCCACCAGCACCUGAUAAUCUCUGAUCUUGGGCUGAUGGCUCAGCCUCUCUGGGCUUCUGAUACAUGGCAUGACUGACUAUACUCUAAAGGCCUCUUGGGAAAUCUGUGUUCUACUCAGACUCCAGGCUCCAAAAAUACAAGCACUGCCCUCCCCUCUGGCUGAGCCUCUCCCAUCCUCCCAGACAUAUGCAACAAGGCCAAGCGGGUGGACCUCGUGGCCAUGGCCUGAGGCCUUCUUCAUAUGCAAUAUCCACCCCCUGGCUUCUCACAGGGGUGUUCGCCCCACACAACGUCCCUAGCCCCCUCUCCAGUGAGCAUCCUGCCUGCCUAUGCAUUUUGGGUACCUCCCCUAUGACACCCUGCCCCCACCCCCAGAGCUGUAUUUUUCUCUGGCUAAGAUUAGAACAUAUUCCUUGUAAAGUAUUUUUCUAUGCGGGUUUUCUUAGGGCUCCCAGGAAGCACCCAGCACACCCAUGGCUCCACUGGACAGGCUGUUUCUGGUCCGUCUGUGGCCCACGUAUAAAUCUCUGUCCCACCAGGCAUCAUGGUGACUGGGGGGAGGUGAGUGCUAUUGGGGUGAAUUUUUAAUAAAAUUGGUUAAAUGCACAAA